UAGAGUAAGGGAACUUUCACUAAUUCAUAUUGGCAUUCCUGUUGCGAGGUGUAUUCAACUACAAUAAUGACAUCAGAAGAAGAUUUGUUGGAAGCUGUAAGGGAAAAUUUGUGUAAAAGUGGGAAAUUAAAUAAAAUGAAAGCAGAAUUGAGGGCUGAAAUCGCGAAGGUGCUGGAGCCAUCAUCAACUUCAAACACUAAACCAGAAAUUCCAAGUAAUACAUUACUUAUUAAUGAAUUAAUUCGAGAAUUUUUGACAUGGAAUGGUUACCACUAUACAACUUCAGUUUUGAUCGCAGAAUCAGGCAUGCCGGUUGAACCACUAGACAGGGCAUCUUUGACUCGCAGUGUUGGUGUUGUAGACAAUGAAGUGUCAUCAAAACUACCGCUGCUGUACAGCAUAGUGUCCACCUUCAAGGAAAUGGUUCAGUAGCUAUGAACAGUGAACUGUGUACUUUAUACUAUGUAUUCCCUAUAUCAACUUAUUUAAUUGAUUGUUAUAGUAUAUACAGGGUGAUUCACGAAGUUUUACCCUGGCUUAUGGUACAUAUUCCUGGGGUUAUUUCCUGCAAA